AAUAAGCUACUAGAAUUCUCGAGGUGGUGUUGUUGGUCUGGUCAUGCGUCAGCGCAUGCGUCCAUCUCCCGGUCACGUUUUACCCAUUCCCAUUUCCAUUUCUAUCCACCUUCCUUUAUUAUUGUUUUCUUCUGCUCCUUAGUUUCAGCAACGUAAAGAUCAAAUAUGCAUACUCCUUCAAGCCUGAUUAACAUCUCUAUUACAUGGAGGGGAAAGAAGUUUAUUGUAGACAUGAAUUCGGAUGCCACUGUGAAGGAUCUAGGGCAGGAAUUGCAAAAAUUAACGGGUAUCAAAGAAGAUACCAUGAAGCUCAUUGUUCCACAGAUUGCCGGUAGAACUUCAAAACUUCUGGCUCCCUUUUCAACAGAGCAUGCACUUUUAAGUUUGAGGGAAACUUCCCUUACUGAGGCCAGAUCAAUUAUAAUGAUGGGUGUGUCAACAAAUGAGGUUGAAGAGUUUCUGCAAAACGCAGAAGCAAAUUUAAGAAUAGCGGGAUUUGAGGACGAGGAAAAGAGACUGAAACAGAAAAUUUCACAUGGACCUCAUGUUUCAUUGAAACUUCCACAAGGGUCUUAUAUAUUUUGUGAAUUUCGCACUCUUGAAAUUCCCGGAUUGAAGUUGAACCCUCCUCCUUCCGAGGCACUGAAAAGAAUGCACAUGCUUGCUGCAGAUCCUGGAAUUGUUGCUGUCAUGAACAAGCAUCGUUGGCGCGUGGGAAUCAUGACUGAGAUGGCUCCCAUUGGUUAUGUUGGUGUGAGCCCAAAAUGCAUUCUUGGUUUUAACAAGAAUUGUGGAGAGGAGAUAUCGUUGCGACUUCGAACAGAUGACCUCAAAGGUUUCAGGAAAUACGAAAGCAUUAAGAAAACUCUGCUGCAUGAACUUGCUCACAUGAUAUACUCCGAACAUGAUGCAAACUUUUAUGCUCUGGAUAGGCAGUUAAAUCAAGAGGCUACUAGUUUAGAUUGGACCAGAUCUGCAGGCCACACUUUGAGUGGAGUGAGGAGUUCCGAAAUUUACGAAGAGGAUUUUAUGGAAGACAGUAGCAACAUUCCUCAGAAGCUUGGAGGUAACCGGUCAGAUCAGCUAAUGACUGCUCGUGAAUCUUCAGUUAUUGCUGCUUACCAUAGGAUGGCUAAUGUUUCUGCUAACAAGCCCGAAGGGUCUGAAGUAAAUCAAGAGCUGGACUGUGAUUAUUCAAAUUCUAAUACCAAAGAAAAACCCGAUCAUAUGGAAUCUUCUUCCAAAGAAAUCGAAUUUACUAACACACCCAUCAUUGUUGACGAAGAACUUAAUGAGCCUGACCCUGAUGAUCAUAUCAAAAAUGGAAUGAAACAUGAGCCUGAUCCAGAUGAUUCUUAUCAUGGUAAAGCUGUUCUUUUUUCUGUUUGUUCAAGAACUAUUGAUAGCAGGACCGUUAUUGAACAAAAUCCUAUUGAUUUUGGUGCAGCAGAACCUUUGCAUCCUCAGACAAGUACUGUGAAUUUGGCUGCAACUUAUCCUGAUGCAAAUGAUUCAGAAACAUCUCUGAAGUCUAAUUCUCCAGCUAUUGAAAUGAAUAUGAUGGCAGAACCUGAUCCUGAUGAUCUCGUGAUUCCUGCACCAGAAUUAUCUAUGUUGCAGACUGAUGAGCCAGAUCCUGAUGACCAAGAACUUCAGAGGAUAAAUGGUGCCAUGACUGCUAUUUGUAACCGAUUGCAGAAAGCCUUGGAGAUGCUGAGAAGGGAUGUUAGUCCAAUGCAAAGUGCUUCAAUUCUUCAAACUCUCUUGAAAAUAAUUAGGAACGCGAUUGAACAUCCUGAGAUGGAAAAAUACAAGAGAUUGCGGAAGGCUAAUCCGGUCAUUGAGAGGAAUAUCCUAAAUAAUAAAGCUGCCUUGGAAAUUCUCUCGUUGGUUGGCUUCAGAGAAGAUAUUAUAUUUGACAAUCUUGGGAAAGCAGAUGCAUACUUGGUGCUGAAGCGGAAUGAUCCUGGCUUAUUGUGGCUAGCUAAGUCAACCCUUGAGUCAAGAAGAGCUUGCUAGCUCUAAAAACAGUUCUUAAAGACAAAACAACGUUGUAUUUAGAAAGAAGUGUGCUAUAUAAUAAAAGAUGUCCAUUGUAUGUAAACGAGUUAAAGUUGACAUUUUAUAUUGCCAGUGCGUGUAACAUAGUUUGAUCUUCUACUCGGAGGAAAGAAAAAGGACUAUAUAUUGGAAAUGCAAAUAGAACCGUGGUAUCAUAAAUAUCAAAUGACAGUUGUGCAGUUGUUCAGUUGUUCUUGUUCA